UGACAGUUGUUCACUCUUGCUGGUUGACUGUUCUUGUGUUCUUUGCAUUUUGACUUUUGUAGUUAGAUGACUGCGUGGAGCUUUUUGCUCAAAAAAAUAAAACAAGAUGAAUAUUCCCGAUGAAUACAUUUCAAAUGCCGAAGAUCUUGCAGACAAUGUCAUAAGGAAAUUAAAAUACAUACUACCAACCUUAGCCAGAGUAUGUCUCAUCUCCACAUUCUUAGAAGAUGGACUUCGAAUGUGGUUCCAAUGGACAGAGCAGAGAGAAUACAUGGACAUGUCAUGGGGUUGUGGCAAAAUUUUGGCCACGCUCUUUGUGAUUAUUAAUUUAAUUGGCCAAUUGGGAGGAUGUGUUAUGGUUAUAAUACGUUAUAGAGUAAACAUAGCUUGUGGAGUACUGUUUUUCAUUGUGGUGUUACAGACAUUUGCAUACAGUAUUCUUUGGGAUCUUCAAUUCCUCUUCAGAAACUUAGCCCUCAUCGGAGCCUUAUUGCUCGUCUUAGCUGAAAGCAGAGGUGAAGCCAAAAGCCUUUUCGCCGGUGUACCUUCCCUUGGCGACAAUAAACCAAAGAAUUAUUUGCAGCUAACUGGUAGAGUGCUGUUAGCAUUCAUGUUUAUUACUCUUAUCCGUUUUGAACUUAGCUUUUUACAGGUUACAUUAGACCUUCUCGGUUCUCUACUAAUGGUUCUAGUGACAAUUGGCUACAAAACGAAAUUGUCAGCCUUAAUAUUAGUGUUACUUCUGACAACAUUGAACUUCUACCAUAAUGCAUGGUGGAAUAUUCCAGAUUACAAGCCACUUAGGGAUUUCCUGAAAUACGAUUUCUUCCAGACAUUAUCCGUAAUUGGAGGACUCUUAAUGAUAGUGUACUUGGGCCCUGGAGGGGUUUCUAUGGACGAGCACAAAAAGAAGUGGUAGAAAACAAUGUGAUUCCUGAUCAUAAACAAUUUGUGAAAACAGAAUUAUUUAAAGAAAAACUCAUUUUUAUAUAUAUGUACAUGUUCCUUGUUUUCUGUUUUGUGACACACACCCCAAAGUAAGUGGUAAAAUUGAUUUACACAAAAACAAUUUUGCGCAUUUAACUUUAAUCUAAACUUUAUAAAAAACAAAUUAUGUUGAAAGAGA